AUGAUGAAUCGACGGGCGAUGCUGGAGUGCAAGAGUCUCUCGGCGAUUGAUUAUCGCGAGUUGGGCAUGGGCAACCUCAAGGGUGUUUCGGUUGACGGUCUCUUCCGCAUCCUCCUUCAAGUCGUUUCAAACCGCCUGAGACGACCAGACGGGCAACCUCGUUACCUCUCUUUGGUGAAUCCUCUUCUUCGGCGAGCGGCGCGGAAGCCUUUUGGAGCCAACGAGGCAGCGGGUGAGAGUCCAAGGGUUGAGGAGACGCUGACGGGCAGAGCGAAGGACAAGAAACGGGAGACAUCAGGGUGCAGCUUGACAUCUCCUCUUGACCUAGAGGAGAUGUGGAACCAGACCACCAGUAACCUCAACAUGUUGGGACCUCAAGGUCGAAGUCUCGUCUACCAGCAGCCGUGGGAGCAGCUCCGAGUCGCGUCCCUGCACGAGCUCAUCCGCGAGGCCUCCGUGAGCGCGGAGACCAUCGUCCUGCUCAGCUCCAUCGUGAUGGCCAACGACCCUCCCUUGUUCAAGGACGUGUCUUCGCACAAACUUCGCGAUGCUGUCAACAAAGUCAUCGCUCAUGGUCGCUUCUCCACUCGCUGCUCCCUCGCGGGCAGUUUGCAGCGCCCGCAGUCAAGCAUGGAGCAGGAGCUCAAAAUCUACAGGAGAAGCCUUGCGCAGGCACAGAACGAGAGCCUUCUGGAUAUGCUGGAGGAUGAUUGA